AUAAACGCUCUGAAUACGUCAGUGGACCCUUGCGAGGAUUUCUACGAAUUCGCUUGUGGAUCAUGGAACGAGGAUCACCCGAUUCCAGAUGAUAUGUCAGCCUUCGGUACAUUCUCAUUCGUGAGGGAGCAAGUUCGGCAGCAGUUACGAGUACUAUUGGAGCAAGAAGUGACGUCAAAAUCAACUUCGAUUAAUAUGGCCCGAAUCGCGUACAAAACCUGCAUGAACAAAACACAGCUGGAGGAGUUGAAAACA